AUGGGUACCAUGAUUCAGAGGUUGACCAAAUUGGAACACCUUGAUCUUAGCUGGUUGAAUGUGUCCGCUCCAUUUCUUGAAGCUAUUGCAAAUUUAUCUUCCUUGACGUCGCUUGUACUCAAAGGUUGCAACUUGCAAGGAACAAUCCCAACAGCCAUCUUUGAGCUACCAAGGGAACUUCUUAAUUUGUGUUUCAAUUCAGAGCUAUCAGGGGAGCCUGAAGUUGGUGACCAGUUUCUCAAACUACGAAUUGUCGAUCUAUCCAUGAACAACUUCUCAAGUAGCCUUCCAUAUGAAUACUUUAAUAUCUGGAGUGCCAUGAAAGUCCACGAUUCAUAUGAUGGAUACUACUAUGGAGUUUCUGAGAUCACUUACAACCCAAUCUUCCUACAUGGGGAGGAGCGUCUGAGAGAUGAUGAUCAGGUAAGGUAUCACUACUCCAUGACAAUAAUCAACAAAAGCAUUGGGCUGGAGUAUGAAAAAAUAUUGGGAUACCUAAAUGUAAUUGAUAUUUCAAGCAACAACUUUAUUGGGGAAAUCCCGAAUUCUAUUGGAAGUUUAAUUGAACUUCGUCUACUCAAUAUCUCCAACAAUUAUCUUACUAGCCCCAUCCCUUCGUCUCUGGCGAAUUUGAUCAAACUAGAAUCUUUCAACCUUUCAAGCAAUAAGCUCUCGGGAAUGAUUCCUCUAGCUCUAACCCACCUUAUUUUCCUUGCUUUCUUCAAUGUGUUGGACAACCAUCUUUCUGGGCCCAUACCUCAGGCGAACCAGUUCACUACAUUCGAGAAUAACUCUUAUGGAGGGAACUUCGGACUGUGCGGAGGUCCUCUAACAAAGAAAUGCAGAAAUCCUGUUGAAACACCCUUUGCACCGCCAUCUAGUGCAUUCGCUGAAGAGGACUCGAGAACGUGGUUCGAAGAACUUGACUGGAAAAUUGUCUUGAUAGGUUUUGGAGGCGGGCUGGUCAUCGAUGUGGUUAUGGGGCUGACCACAACUUCCAGAAUUGAGCGAUGGUUCCUGAGGUUUUAUAGAGGAAUGCAAGGAAGACCGAUGCAUCAAAUAAGGUUUGUGUGA